GCUGUGGAACUAGACUUGUGAAGUGUUUGUGGCGGAGUGGGGGUGUGAGCCUCGAUCUUUCCCGAGAGGCGCCUCUGUGCCACGUGACCGCAGCAGAAGUCUCGCGCUGCUUGGGCUGUUGGAGGGGCGCCUCGAUCUUGCCGCCAUCCUGAGCGGAGCUGAGGCUGCUGCGUUGUGGUUGGCGGUCGCGCCCGCUUGUCAUCUCCGCCGACUUUAGCUGGAUUCCUCGGGGGCGGGGAGGAAGCUAUCUCAAGCAGCUUCUUUUGUCAUCUUCUAGCUAUGCCAGAGGAGUGGAUUGGCCCUAAACCCAAAGCCUAAUGUACAUCAGAAACGAAAUAAGAGUCUUUAAAGAGAUCUCGAAUGAGAAAAUCAUUGUGAAGUAGGGUGACAGGAAAUGACAAUUACGAAACAAAAGAUGAGCAAGAACAAAGAAGAUGCUCCCCAUGAGUUGGAAAGCCAGUUCAUAUUACGUUUACCUCCAGAACAUGCUUCUACUGUGAGAAGGGCAAUACAGUCUGGAAGUGUCAACCUGAAAGAUAAAUUAACCAUUGAAUUGCAUGCAGAUGGACGUCAUGGAAUUGUUCGAGUAGACCGUGCCCCAUUAGCAGCUAAGGUGGUUGACCUGCCCUGCAUUACUGAAUCCUUGAAAACCAUAGAUAAAAAAACCUUUUACAAGACAGCAGAUAUCUGCCAGAUGCUAGUGUGCAGUGUGGAUGGGGAUCUUUACCCACCUCCAGAAGAGCCAGUUGCCACUACUGAUCCGAAAGCAAGUAAGAAAAAAGAUAAGGACAGGGAGAGGAAAUUCAUCUGGAACCAUGGUAUCACUCUGCCACUUAAGAAUGUCAGAAAGAGAAGGUUCCGUAAAACAGCCAAGAAGAAGUACAUUGAAUCGCCAGAUGUGGAAAAAGAAGUAAAGAGGCUUCUCAGUACAGAUGCAGAAGCUGUCAGUGCCCGAUGGGAAGUAAUUGCAGAAGAUGAAACAAAGGAAGUAGACAACCAGGUUUCCUUAGCAGGUCUAGAUAUUUCCUCUCCAGGAAUGAGUGGUCAUAAGCAGGGCCAUAGCUCCUCAGAACAUGAUGAGCUUAGGGAGAUAUUUAAUGAUAUUAGCAGCAGUAGUGAAGAAGAAGAUGAGAGAGAUCCUCAUGAUGAAGAAGAUAUAAACAUCAUUGACACUGAAGAAGACCUAGAGAGGCAACUACAAGACAAGCUUGAUGAAUCUGAUGAGCAGCGCCAAGAAAAUGAGGAAACAAAUCAGAUGGUAGUGGGAAUUCAGAAGCAGAUUGAUAUAAUGAAAGGUAAACUCCAAGAGACCCAAGUGAGAGCAAAACGACAAGAAGACCUCAUCAUCAAAGUAGAAAAUCUGGCACUCAAGACUCGUCUUCAGGCUGUUUUGGUUGAACUCAAACAGCAGGAAGAACGAGAGAAGCAACAGCUCAGUUCCUUGCAGGAACAGCUAGAAUCACUCCUGGAGAAAUAAGAGUCCCCUGCUUGCAAAUUCACUGUUGUCCUCGUGUUGGUAAUUGUCUUACAUCACAUCCUUUGGAUUGAGUCCAAUAUAGAUUGUUAAUACGGAUAUUUGAUUUCACCAUUUUUCUUUGGCCUAGUUUGAAUUCAUCCCAUUUCUUUCUCUAUAACUGUUUUUUGCUACAAACUUCUAUACUAAUAAGUAAAAGGUGUCAAGUAAGGGAAGAGUAGUUGUAGAAGAGUAUUGGGAUUAAUGACUUAAAUUAGUUCAACCUCUAUAAUUCCUAUACUUAUUCCAGGGCUUUGCUUCUCAGUAUGAAAAUUUAUUAUUGCUUUGUGGUAAGAACCAAUUUAUAUUUGAGUAUAGAUGCUGUAAAGCUUGCUUUGGGAUAUAUUUUAGUUUCUUAACUGGUUUAGGUAACUCUUCCUGUGGAGCUGCAAGUCAUAUAUAUAUAGUGUUAGAUAAUUGCCAUAGCAAAUAAAAAUGGCAAUCAUUCAUGUCUAACAACCUACUGGGCAUUUAUCGCCAUUUUUUUUUUUUUUUUACUUCAUUAAUGUUGAUAUUCAGUGGAUAAUGAGGUUAUUUUUAUGAUAUGUUAGAAUCUUUGAUUUUUACAAAAGAGUGAUAGGCCUUAUUUGGCAACUUUAAGGCCACAUUUUUUUUUCUCCCCUUUGUGGGUGAUAAAACUGCUAUUUGGUUUUCUAGUGUUAUGUACGUUUUUGUUUAACUCUUCGACCCACUUGGAAUUUAUUAUAAUAGGGUUCCAAGUUCAUUCUUAAUGUUAUAAUCUGAUUUUUUCCAACUAUAUUAAAGAAUGAUUUGACUCCCUA